AUGGCUUGUAAAACUGGUUUAGACAGGGAUCUGGCACCCCCCACUUCUCAGGAAAGUUGUUUGCUGCGCCGCGGCAGCACCAGCGGUCAGCCUGGCAGUGCCUCCCUCCUCCGCUGGGUUCUCUGCACGCUCUUAAUGCGGGGCGCAGGGACGAGGAUUGAGGGGGGGAGCGAUGGAUGGAAGGGAGGGAGGAUGCAGCUCGUUCUACUUUCUUGGAGGAGAGGGGCUGGCCCUGGGCUCAUGGAAAGUCGGAAUCCAUCUGGGUGGAGGGGAGCUGGUGUUUUCGGAGAGGGGGAGAUAAAGCCCUGGCGAGAACGAGCGUGUAUUUGUUCCACUCUGAUAGAGAGUACCCCGAGACUUGACCAAACCUCUGCAGGAGACAAGGUCCCUGGCCCUGCCCCGAGGUUUAUUUAUAGCUCAGAUAAGGAGCCCGAGAUGACACAGACAGCAGAGAGGUGGUGGUGGCUUGGAGAGACGUGUGGGUUGGUUUCAUUUUGCUUCAUCUCUGGACCUGAGAGCUGGGUCCUGUUGACCCUUCCGGGGGCAGAGAUGGGAAGGGUCAUCUCUUCUCUGCUUGUGGUCUGCCCGGGUGGGUGGAAGAAGCUUGGCAAUGUGUCAGGAGCUGCUGCUGCUGCUGCUGCUGCUGCUGCUCUUCCUGCAGCCUGGAGCAAAGCAAGAUCUUUUGUGGAGACUCCUCAAGAAUCCAGUGACAGCAAAAAGUCUGAUUCUUGAACUCUGGAGCUGGCAGCGUUGUGAAGGGGAAGUAGAAUCUGACACUGCACCAGCAGGUUUACCAAAG